GCGAUGCCUGCCGAGUCCCCGGCGUCGAUCCGUGCGUCCUGACCCUGCCCAGGCCUGGCGCCGCGGGCGCCGUGGCCUGUCGGCUCGGUGCAUUCGACGCGCUCAGGGGCGCCCGCGGGCUGCUGCGCGGCGCUCGGAGCCGGGGAGGUAUGAUGACCUUUGGGCCCAGCCAGUCGGCGAUUACUGCGACGUGCGUGGACGUGCCGACCUGGAACGGUUCGGCAGAGACGCUGACGAGUUACAAGUUCAAGGUCGCCAUGUUCACGAAGAGUAUCAGUGUGGCGGACCGCCACGUGUGCGGCCCGCAGGGCACGGGUGAGAUUGUCCAGGACUGGGCGGCCGGGUUCGAGAAGAAGGAGCGAGCUACGGCAUCUCAAGGAGAGAUCGCCGCCGCAGCUGGUGGCGACUCUGAUUACGGGAAGGUCUACAAAAGUCUGCUGGCGAGGUUCCCCGCGGAAGCGCUAGCGGAGAUCAGCGGCAAAUGGCGACGCGACAAGCCCUUCUACGAAGAGGACGCGGACGACCUAGAAGAGGAGAUCGGUGGAUGCCAUGAUGAGUUUCAUGGUGUGGUCGAGCAGCUGAUCAACCUGGUAGACGUGGAAGAGGAUGAAGAUCCUGCAAUUGACGGUCAUAACGUGGACACCAAAGUGUUCGCGGAGUUCGAGCUGGCGGGCAGGGGUUUCAUGGGCGCGCGGGACCUACUACGGGGCCUGCGAGUGUCGCGAGACAGCCACCCGGUGGUGGCCACGAAAGACGGGCAGCAGUGGCGAUCCCCGCCGCCGCCAGCCCCUGGCCGGGGGCACUUCCGUCCUGGCCGUGGAGCCUCGGCGGGGUCGGGCAUCGAGGGCCUCAUGUACGAGAUGCUGGACCAGCACCAUGUGGAGUUCGAGACGGACAGCGGUUCAUGCUCAUUCACUUUCGGCAACGGCCUGCAGAAGAGUUCAAUGGGCACAGCAUCAGGCGGAGCUUUCUUGGGAGGCGAGCUGGUCAAGAUCAGUCUUUCGGUGAUGCCGAAUUGCGUCCCGAUCAUCCUGGGCAUGGACAUAUUGACGGACGCUCUGAAUGUGGUGGUCGAUCGCGGCCGCAUGCGGAUCGGCCCCCCGGCCCUCGACGACGGAGCCCUCUGCUGCGAUCGCCUCUCCGGCAAGCGCGUGGCCGUCAACCUGUCGACGCCGCAAUGUGGCCGCGUGGAGCGGCCCAAGGUUGUGAUGGAUAACUGCGAUGCCAGUGCCGGCUCCGGCAGCGCCGGCAAGCCCCGUGCAUCCGACGGGGGUCAGCCUGGGGGCGCUUGGGGCCCCUGCGACCUCGGCGACGACAGCGGCGGCGCCAGCGUCCAGCCCUCCAUCGAGCGUAGCGGGAACGACGCCACCGAGGAGCGCGUGCUCGUGCUCGGUGACGUGCUGGAGUUCCAGGGCGGCGGGGAGUUCACGGCGGAGAUGCUCGACGACUCGGACAUGGCGGGGAUGUUCUGCGAGUGCCACGACCAGGUCAUGGGCGAGAUCUACACGAGCGUCGCCGAGGACCUCGCGGAGGUGUCCAAGCCCCACCGCGUUGACUUCAUGGAGGUAUGCUGCCCAGAGGUCCCUGGCCUGAGCAAGGUGGUGCAGACGGCGUAUUAUCCCCUGGCCUUGUUCAAGGCUUGGACACAGCACAUCCUGCGGGAGAACGUGAGUGUCCAGUGCGGCAUGGAGAUCUUCGCCGGUCUGGGACAGAUGCCUGAGGACGCUGGAGGAGAACUGGCAGACUCCUUGGGUGAGCACCUCCAACUGGGCGAUGCCGACGCCGUGGACGAGGAGGCCAACGUGAAGGGACUAAGGAUCUCAGAGACCCCGACGAAGAAGGAGGAGCUGGAGAUCGAGCAGCGGCUGAUGGGGCUCCACCGGAACCUCGGACACCCGAGUAACAAGACGUCGUGCAAAAUCCUCAAGGCCUCGGGAGCGCCAGUCCAGGUCCUACGCGGUGCGCUGCGCCUCCAGUGCCACGGAUGUCAUGCGGGGCAACUACCGAAUGCCGCGAGGGUAGCGUCAGGUAUCGAGCUGCCUGGAGUGCUCGAAGUCCUUGCCUCGGACGGCCUCGAGUGGCCCACCGGCUAUUGGGUGGGCGUCGCCGGGAUGCCUGUGCCCAGCAGCCUCUUCGCCAUCGUCGACGGGGGCGCCGGCGAGACCCAGGCGAGGCGGCGCGUGGACGGGCGGGCGCGCCCGACGUCGGUGACCUGGAUCUCCCACGGAUGCGUGCUUCUCAGGUGCGCCCCAGAGCAACUGCGCGCCGCCUCAGAGGCAGAGAAGAUGAUCGCCGAGCUCCAACGACAGACGAACCUCGACAAGACUAUGACGGAGAUCCUGGAGACGGCAAAAGCAGGGACCUGCGAGGACCUCUUGGGACAAGGUGGGGCCGCAUGCUCUGCGUCGGGCGCCGCGGCCCGAGGGGGAUCGCGGCCACGCUGGCGGGUGGCCCGCCGCGGGCCAGAGAUGGACCUCCACGUGGCCCCUGACGAGGAAAUGAACAAGGCGAUGGAGGACCAGUCCAACCUACUGGUCGACCUCUCCCACGACAAGCUGGACAUCGCGCUCGACAGCGACGGGGAACAGACCGCCUACUUCGAGUGCCUGGUGGACGAGAACACGACGCCUGACGGCCAGCAAGGGUUGAUGAAUCACAUCUUGGACAGCGACGUCGCCAACCAGCGCCGCAAGGACAAGGUGGAGCUAAAUUUGUCGAAGAUGAACCCCAGUGAGCGCGAGGAGUUCGAAGGGGCCAUAGCCAAGGGAACCAGCGACGGGGUCCAACAGCAGGGGCUCCGACCCGUGCCCAUCACUCGGGUCAAGGGCGCGGCCGACGUCGUCCGAGGAAAAGCUCGCCUGGUGCUUCUCGGCUACCAGACCAAGGACCUGGUCCAGGAACCGACGGCAAGCCCGACGGCAUGUAGGCUUACGAGCUGGACAGUGAUCUCCAUCGAGCCCGACGUGGUUCUCAAGAAGCCUUUCCAGGUGAAGGACGGCGAGAUCCUGCAGGUGGUGAAACCAGGGUACGGCAUCGGCGAGGCACCUCGGCACAAGUGGGAGACCGUUAAGGGCGACUUCGCGAAAUUGGGCACGCAGGCGUGCGAGCUGGAACCCUGCCUCUGGAAGGCCCGCUGUCCCCAGACAGGCUCCCUUGUCGGCGUGGCCAUGGCUCGCGUGGGCGACUUCAUCCUCGCGGGCGACGCGUCGCGCCCCGAGUGGCGGGCCAUGGUCCAGCAGACCCGAGGGCUCUACACGUGGGAUGCCCUAUUAGACGCGGACAAGACGGUGCCGCGAGCAGUCUGCGGUGAGGUCUACUGGGUGGCGGACCUCCAGUCGAAGGUCCCGACCGGGGCCCGCGGCCUCUUCGCAGCGGCGAACCACGUCGUCAAGUUGGUCAAGCAGAGCCGCCGCGUGGGUUUGCAGAUCUGCCGCCGCGACCUGAACGACCUGGCCCUCUUCGCCUGGCGCGACGUGGCGCGGGCCAGUCGACCGGGUGGCCGCUCCCAGGGCGGGCGCGUCACCGCCGCCGUGUCCGCGGCGGCCGCGGGGGGCAAGCUCUCGGAGUUCACGGUCCUGGACUGGGCCUGCAGGAAGCUGCGCCGCGUGGCUCGUUUAAGCUUGGCAGAGGAAGUGCAAGGGGCUGGUGGCGCGGAGGGCGAGCAGUGCAUGGUGCGCCUGGUGCUCGCGGAGGUGCUGCGCGACAAGUCCCCACUGUGGGAAAGAACCGUUUCGCCCCGGAGACUUCCGGCCAUCCUGGUCACAGACUGCAGGGCCUUCUACGACGGCGUGGUGCGGUCUCAGUCAGCCGGGUCGGGGCUCGAGGAGUGGCGCGCGGCCGGCGAGGCCUCGGCCCUCCGCGACGCCCUGGGCGAGGGGCAGACGAAAGUGUGCUGGGUGCGCUCCCGCGCGCAAAUCGCCGACUGUCCUGCCAAGGCCAGUUGGCAGGCCAUCGGCGUGAUCCGCGCCUUCCUGGAGAAGCAGCAGUGGCGUCUCAUCUACGACGAGCAGUUUGCGAGCGCCCAGAAGCGGGCAGCCCUCGGCAAGGGCACCUUCGACGAGGUGCGGACUACGGAUAGCCAGAAGGGGAUUGCAGAGAGCGAGAGGAACUCAACGGCGAUGGUGACCUCCGACUACCUGAUCGUGAUCCAGAAGCUGCAGCAGGUGGUAGAAAGCUCGAAGGCGAGGGCGGGCGGGUUCUUUCCUGACAACGAGAUCGGCGGUCGCCGAUCAGACCGCGCAGGGGUGCACUGCCACAGCGUGCAGUACAACUUGUGCUCUAUCAUCGACGUUGCUAUUCCAGCGGAUAUCAUCCUCGCGUCUGACGACGACACUUCCAAAGUGGACCUCAUCCUGGAGCUCUGCGAUUCAGACUGGGGGGCCGGGAGGCGAGGGCAG